AUGGAUUCAUGUGCGCUACCGCACGGCCCUGGAUCCCACACGCCGCCGCUGCGCGAAAGGAUCCCCACACGCCGCCGCCUACCCAAAGCGCCUCCACUGGCCGACAGCUCGGUGCUCCACCAGUCCCAAUGCUGCAUCCAAGGUGGGCUGCUGGAUCUCGUCCCCUCCUCUGCGUGGAGCCCUGCUGGAGGCCCUCCUCCUCGACAGGAUGCCGUCCACCUAGGGCCAGUGGGAGAAAGCCGCCGUGGCUCACCGAUGCUCCGGUUGUAG